UGCCCUUACGACAAGAAAAGAAAACCAAGAAGAAGUGGUCCCAUUCCAGCUGCAAUCGCUUCCCUGCCUUGCAGUUUAUUUUUGUUUAAGGCUCAAAUUUGAUUUCCUCCGGAAUCUUUGUGGUUUAUAUUUAGGACCAAAGGCACCAGAUAGCAUCGUUUAAUAUCUGAUACGAGUAUCGAUUUUCAUAUUAGUCGAGAAUUUGCUAAGCGACUUUUAAUUGAAAAAGUCAAGGAUCCAGGACCGCCCCUUCGAUUAAGCAAUUAACCAAAUCAAUUAGCACGUGCAUAUAUAACGGGGUGUUUCGCCAUUCAAUGGAUCAAUCAAAGUUUAAACUUGUCCAUGGAUCUCGACCAAAUUCGUCCAGUGCGGUUUCUGCUCCGCAUACUCGGCAGGUUUCGGCUCUGGCCCACCACUGGAGGACCGAGGCCGCAGCGUGGCUGGACCAACUGGCAGGGUUAUCUUCUGCAUGGCGGCCUCACCGUACUCUUGACCGUGCUGAUGUGGGUGGAGGCUAUACUGAGCACCGAUAUGGAGCACACGGUGGAUGUUUUGCUCAUCUCUCUGACCAUGACGGCCCUGGCCCUAAAGGUGCUGAAUAACUGGAGCUAUGCUCACAUUGCGCAGCGCAUCCUCACCGAGUGGAGCAGCGAGGACCGCUUUCGGCUGAAGACGUUGCAAGAGGUAGACAUGUGGCGCAUCGAACACCUGCGCUUCAGCCGCGUUGUGUGCUUCUAUAUGAUGUGUAGCCUGGGCGUCGUCCCUGUGGUCGUCAUCCCGUGUCUGUUCGCUGUACCCAACAGGCUGCCGUUCUGGAUGUGGACCCCCUUCGACUGGCAGCAGCCCGUGUCGUUCUGGUUUGCCUAUAUAUAUCAGGUGGUGGCGCUUCCAUUUUUAUGCGUGUGCAACAUAACCAUGGAUUUGGUGAACUGGUAUCUAAUGCUGCAUCUGUCGCUCUGCCUGCGCAUGCUGGGUCAGCGGCUGGCUGCACUGCAUCCCAGUGGCCUCCAGCAGGGAGAGGAGCAGCUCUGCGCCGAGUUCUUGGAGCUGGUCUGCCUCCAUCAUCGGCUCAAACAGCAGGCGAUCGACAUUGAGAGUUGCAUUUCGAAGAGCACGUUGUUUCAGAUACUGGUCAGUUCCCUGAUCAUCUGUUGCACCAUCUACAGCAUGCAGAUGACUCCAGUCAUGCAGGACCUGGGAAAGUUUGCGGCCAUGGUUCAAUACUUGUUCGCGAUGGUCAUGCAAAUCCUCUUGCCCAGCAUCUAUGGCAACGAGGUCACCCACUCCGCCGAUAAGUUGACUGAUGCCCUCUACAGUUCCGCCUGGCCAGACGUUUCACCGCGUCUGCGUCGCCAGAUCUUGAUGUUUAUGAUCUAUCUGAAUCGGCCCAUGUCCCUGCGGGCCGGCGGCUUCUUUAAUGUGGGGCUGCCGAUGUUCACUAAAGUAAAUAGAGCUCUAGGAGGGUAUCGGGUCCAUGGACAGCUUUGGUUUAUGCAAUACUUUGAUUUUCCAUUGCAGGUCAUCAAUCAGGCCUAUAGUCUGCUGGCCUUGCUACUCAAUAUGGACAAUUAGAAGAGGAGUUGGUUCCUUCUCCCUGAACAAAUCAUUUCUGUUUUGGAUUAGCCAAGAGACUUCUACCCUCCGCUCGUUUGGAGAUUUUUCGUCGAUUCUAGUUGUGCGAAAAUCUAAAAAUAUAUAUUUUAGCAUUGCACCAAACACAUACAUAUGUACAGUGUACACUACUGUGCAUACAUGUGUACAUAUGUAUGUAUGUGCACGAGCACAUGAAACGCUGAUAUGCAAGUGACGAAAAUAAAAUGAAAAUUGCAUUUCCCAGUGCGGAAAAACUGUGACCCCCGUUAGCUUACCCUCCUUUUGGGAUGAAUUUUAGAGAAACAAGCAGGCAGGGCGUUUCAGAUAUACGAGUAGUACUAUGUACUUACAUAUAUACCAAAAAUAUUGAUCUCAAAGUGCAGGAUA